UUCAUGUGCAACUACCACGUGUAGCCACACAUAAACCCAAAAGCAAAGACAAAGAAAACAUAAUGGAGGUUCCUGUAGUAGAUUUUCAGCAACUCAGGAACAAAGAGGAGGAGUUGAAGAAGCUAAGAGAGGCAUGUGAGAGAUGUGGGUGCUUCAGGAUCAUCAACCACACGGUUCCAGAAACACUCAUGGCGGAUAUGAAAUCAGUGGCAAAGUAUCUUCACGACCUCCCCGUGGAGAUCAAGACGAAGAACAAGCCAGUGAUCCCUGAAUCUGGCUACAGGCCACCAUCUGAAAUAAGUCCUUUCUAUGAGGGGUUGGCACUCUAUGACAUUCACAAGUCGCCGCAGUCUGUGGACCAAUUCUGCUCUCAAUUGGGUGUGCCACCAAAGCAGAGGAAAACAAUUGAGGCAUAUGGUGAAGCUGUUAAUGACUUGGCAACAAGUGUAUCACAAAAAAUGGCCGAGUCUUUGGGCGUAGUGAGUACUGAUUUUAAGGACUGGCCAUUGCUAUUUAGGGUUAUCAAGUAUAGCUUCAAUGCAGAAAGCAUAGGCUCCGUAGGAAUACCGAUGCAUACGGAUACAAGCUUUGUGACCUUACUUCAAGAUGAUGAUAAAGUUGGAGGUCUUGAAAUUAUGGACCACUCUGGUUCAUUUAAUGCAGUCCCUCCCCAAUCUGGAUCCUUCCUUUGUAUUAUUGGAGAUGUUGGACACAUAUGGAGCAAUGGAAGAUUUCACAAUGUGAAACACCGGGUAUUAUGCAAGGAAGCAACUACACGUCUUACUUUUGGUGUGUUUAUGUUUUCACCAAGGGAUGGUAAAAUUGAUACCCCAACAGAGUUGGUGGACCUUAAUCACCCACGGCUAUAUCGCUCAUUCAACUAUGAAGAUUUAAGGCUGUUUCGAGUUAGCGCACGAGGGGAAUUAGCAACGUUCUUGGCCAAUGUUGCAAAUGUGUAGCUAAUAUAUGGUCACUUUAGAGAUAUUAAUAUCAUCAAAUAAAAUUAGUGAAAUGACUGGAUGCAUUGAAGGCUUGGUGCAUCAAACUGUGAACUUAUUAUUAAAAUGGUUUCCUUUUAUAUAUAGACUGAACAAGAUGGGCAUGUUUAUGAGUUGA